ACCACCCUUUAGGGCUAAGCCCCGGGUGUUUCAAAUGUCUGGCUCCGCCUCUGAUUCAGACGUCGGCUCAGACUCGGGUGUUUCAGCUGUUUCCGGUCGUUUGGUUUUAGAACAACCUAAAUUUAAAUUCUUCUUCUGUUGAAAUAUCUGCAAACAGCUGACGGCUGUCACGUGACCCCGGCUGACGCCGUUGCUAUGGUGACGGAUCGCAAACGCGGAGGUCACAGUCGCGGGUCUGCAGCGGCUCUCCUGAACGCGUGACGAGGAGACGAGGAGGCAUCAUGCCAAAGAAGAUGAAGAAGAGUGUGGGGAAGUCUGACGAGGAGAGACAGGUGCACCUGCAGCAGCGCGCUCAGGCUGAGGAGGAGCUGAAGAAGAAGAAGGAGGAGACGCUCGGCCUGUUCCUGAAGGACAAGCUGCAGAAGGAGCAGAGGAACACUGCUGUGAACCUGCUGAAGCUCCACGACGGCUGGAGGGCAAUCCUCCGCCAGACCAGGGAUGCCGAGCUGCGCCAUGACAUCAUCGUGCUCCAGCAGACGUUUGAGAGGACGCUGGACGACCUGGACAGCAUCGUCCAGAAGCUGGUGGGCGACGUGCAGGAGACGGAGCGCCAGGAGGCGCACAUGCAGCGCUUCCACCUGCACCACAUGGAGGCGCUGUGGGCGCUGCAGGCCGCACGGCUGCAGGGUCUGCAGCAGCAGUGGGAGCGUGCCCUGGAGGACGUCAGCGCCAGCGUCAGCUCUCAGAGGCAGCAGAUGUUGGAGCAGUCUCAGCAGCAGGAGAUCCAGCUGCAGGAGCUGACCCUGACGGCGGAGUUGCACAACACGGACGCCAUGAAUGACAUCAGGAUGCUGCUCGAGGACACGCUGGCGAUGUACACGUGCUCUCUGGAGGAGCAGGUGGCUGCUCUGGAGGGCAGGGAGGAGGUGAGUGACGCCACCCAGACGAGCUUAGAGCACCUGCAGAAAAGUAUCGUCAAGGUAACGCAGCUCGAGAAGCAGCUCGCAGACAAACAGAAGAAGAUCAGCGAAGACUUGAAGACCACCAAGAAGCUGGAGGACGCCGUCCGCAGGCUGAGGGAGAAGAUGAUCUCCAACAAGGCAGAAAACAGCUCGCUGGAAGAGGACCUGACCGCCACCAUACAUGAGCUCAACUGCAGGUCUCACGCACUCCAGGACCACCUGACCCAGUCGCACACGGCGGCGAGGAAGAGGCUCACCGAGCUCACCGUCCAGGGUGACGCCGCCGCCAAGAACCUGCAGGCCGUCGUCACCAAGGGCGAGAGGGUUCUACGGGCCGCGGACAUCUGCCACCGGCUGGAGACGCAACACGACACGUUACUGACAUCAUCAUCAUCACAACGCACAGACGAGUGCCAACAGGACACGCCAGCAAAGGACGUCUGUAGGUUCCCGGAACUGCAGCAGCUGCGGCGGAGCUGCAGCAGUGCUGUGCUGCAGCGUGAAGCUCUGAGGAAGCACAGCAAGGACCUGAGGCGUGAGAACGAACAGCUGCAGCUUUUGCUGCGUCAGCAUGACCACCACGCCCACUUGCCCCCGCUCCACGUGGCCCGAGCUCCGACCACCACCAGCACCACACCUGCUGCGAGGGGUAGGAGCCACGUCACGGUCAUCGAAGCUGCCCACGCCGUCUUGAAGCAGUGACUAAUUAAAAUGUGUUCGCCAUGACGACCAGUAGGACGACUCCUGAUGUGCUUUGAGCUUUCUUGCUAAAGGGGCGUGUCCAUAUAGGAGGGACCGGCCUGCAGUAUACUUGAGUACUUUUAGUCGAGUAUUGUGUGAAAGUCUUUGUAUGUUCUCCAGUUUCCAAGUGUUUGCUGCUCUGAUUGAACAUUAGCUCGCUCUACAGACAAGCUUUGUUUUGGGUGAGGAACAGAAAUCUGUGCAAAGCCUUUUUGUACACUCCCACCACCAGGGGGCAGAGUUUCACCAGGAAGUAGCCGCUCACCUGUUAGCAUCCAGGUACCAGCUUGGAUAAACAGGAAGUAUAAACAGCAUGAUAUAACUUCCGUAAACUUUUCCUGACGAGGUUUUGGUCUCAGCUGCUGUCUUUGGGGGUCUUCGGGUCGUGGCUGCUGGUCGGCCCCACAGGUGUGGCUCUGAAUAACACCCAGCAGGUAGCGCCACAUACAGCGAAUUAAACACACAGAAAAGAAGAGAGAAAAACAUGACCGUGAGGAAAAACAACUUUAAAAAGAUGUUCUGACUGUGAUGGAGGGUGGAGAAGUCACAAGAACUGUUUCUGCUGUGAGCCAAGCUGUUCACCAGCUAAUGUUUGCAGGUGAACAGCGCCCCCCAGUGGACAGCACAAAGAAGUGUUUGAGGCCAGCAAACCAAAUCCUCUUCCUGCAUUUAGACUUGUUUUUAAUGAAAGUGUGUGACUGAGGAAUACAUGAAAUCUUCUUAUUUGCUGUGUUUAUUUAACAUCUGAAUAAAUGUACAAGAAAACCGAA